GUCUUGGAAAAGGGUAGUGCUUGCUGGGACAAUAUGGCGUCCUCCUUGGUGGUUUGGACCAACAAGUGACUGAUCAGGUUGAUAAUAUGUUUUCUUUUUCUUGCUCCAUGCUUCAUCAUAGUUGUUGCAUGUGUUUUAUUCCUCCAAGGUUGUUGUGACCACUUGUGAAGUGAACUGUUCAGAUGCAGCCAUCCAAACCAUCAGCAGUCACAAUGCCAUUAACAUCAGGGUCAUCGCCCAUUGACCCAGCUACUAUGAUCAACAAAUACCGCACCAAUGUCUCCAUACUGGCAGACACCAGGACAGCUGAUGACAAUCGACUGAAAGCAGCUCAAGAGAUCAGUGAAAACUUUGAGGUCAUUCUGUCAUCAUCUCAGAGUGGAACCUUCCUGGAAUAUGCAAUCCCAUUAUUUCUGAGGGUACUGAAAGAGGAAAAACCAUACUUCAUAGCAGAAAAGCCCCAGCAGCAUUUACGCAAGUUAUUAUUGGAGCUCCUUCAUCGUAUGCCAACCAAUGAGACUCUCAGACCCUACGUACCCGCAAUUCUUGAACUGAUGUUCUCUUUGCUGGAACGAGAGAAUGAAGAGAAUGUUCUAGUAGCGCUUCGUAUUAUCAUUGAGCUGCACAAGCAUUACCGUCCUGCACUGCAACCAGAGAUUCAUAAUUUCCUUCAGUUUGUGAAGAACAAAUUCAAGGAGAUCCCAACUAAUUUGAAGAGUCUAGACCCUGGAAGUAGUGUGUCACCGCCGGAUCCUCUCAAUAUCCUACCCUUUGUUGACAGACCUGGCUUUGCUUGCCAAACCAUUAUUACAGUUAGCCAGCCAGAUGGAACCAAAAGCCAGCUUUGGGAUUUGUCUGUCAGACUUUCUCCAACAUUCAACAAGGAGAUGUAUGUGGACUUCAUCGCAGCACAGAUCAAGACAUUGUCAUUCCUUGCUUUCAUCCUGAGAAUAUACCAGGAGAUAGUGAACUCUUAUGCCCCUCAGCUAGUCAAGGGCAUGCUGGGUCUUUUCACCAAUUGUCCUAGUGAGGUAGCUCAUUUGAGAAAAGAGUUGCUGAUUGCUGCCAGACAUAUUCUGGCAACUGACCUGAGAAACAAGUUUGUGCCAACAAUUGACAAGCUGUUUGAUGAGGCUAUAUUAGUGGGAAACGGCACAACCAGUAAAGAAUCUCUCAGGCCCUUAGCCUAUAGCACAUUGGCUGACUCAGUUCAUCAUUUGCGGCAACACUUGCCUCUUCAGCAUCUCUCAAUGGCCGUCCAUCUGUUCUCUAAAAAUGUUCAUGAUGAUUCUCUACCAUGUAACAUCCAAACUGUCUCCUGCAAGUUGCUGUUGAACUUGGUAGAGUGCAUACGGCAGAAGAGUGAACAGGAUGGUGCCAAUGCCAGAGAGAUAUUGAUGCACAUGCUGCAAGUGUUUGUCUUGAAGUUCAAAACCAUCUCAGAAAACCAACUUCCAGUCAUCUUUCAAAAGUGUCGACAGCACCAGGAGUCAAGUCAAGAUAAGUCCAGCUCCUCACAGUCACAUCCAACUAUUUCCUUGGCCUCCAAACCACCACCCCUUACUCUGACCAUUCCACCUCCCCAAACACCAAGUACCCCAGCACCGUCAACCCCCAGCCUCUUACCUCCGCCCCCCACCCCCUCAGUACCUCCAACCCCGACUUUGCCAUCUACACCGGCCAUCCCAAGCACUCCUGGGACUACAAUGCAACCUUUAAGUGCCCUGUUUCCUGACAAGGACAAAGAAGACUUGAAGGCCAAGACCUAUGUCCCAUCAAGCUUCUCUCAGUUUAACAACUACUCAGUGACAGACUGCAGGAAUCUGGUGAAGACUGUUGUCUGUGGUGUGAAGACAAUUACCUGGGGUGUCAGUUCCUGCAAGGUAUCAACUGAUGUACAAACCUUUGGUCAGAAUAAGCAGUUUCAGCCCAAGGAGACAGCAGUCUUUGUUGAUCUUGUUAAGUAUGCCAUGAAAGCACUGGAUAUAUAUCAGAUCCAAGUUGCUGCUAAUGGACAGACAACAAUUAGACCACCUGCCAUGCAGGGUGUGCGCAUUAAGGAUGAGAAGGAAGUGUUAGAACAUUUUGCAGGAGUGUUCACCAUGAUGCACCAGCUGACAUUCCGAGAGAUCUUCCAAACCACCAUCGACUUCUUUGUGGAUAGGAUCAAUCAGAACUAUGCACUGCAGAUCAUUGCCAAUUCUUUCCUUGCCAACCCAGCUACAUCGGCCACAUUUGCUACCAUCUUGGUGGAGUACUUGCUGCAGCGCAUGCCGGAAAUGGGAACCAAUAUGGAGCGGUCCAACUUGUACCUGAAGCUCUUCAAACUGGUGUUUGGGUCGGUAUCACUGUUUGCAGCUGAGAAUGAACAAAUGCUGAAGCCACACUUGCAUAAGAUUGUCAACCGUUCCAUGGAAUUGGCAACCACAGCCAAAGAGCCGUAUAACUACUUCCUUCUCCUGAGGGCGCUCUUUCGUUCCAUCGGAGGAGGUAGCCAUGAUCUCUUAUAUCAAGAGUUUCUUCCAUUGUUACCUGAUCUCCUGCAAGGCUUAAACCAGCUUCAGAGUGGUCUGCAUAAACAACACAUGAAGGAUCUCUUUGUUGAGUUAUGUCUGACUGUUCCAGUGCGACUGAGUUCGUUACUGCCUUACCUACCUAUGUUGAUGGACCCACUAGUCUCUGCAUUGAAUGGAUCGCAAACAUUAGUGAGCCAGGGUCUACGGACGUUAGAGCUUUGUGUUGACAACCUGCAGCCUGAUUUCUUGUAUGAACAUAUCCAACCAGUCAGAGCAGAGCUCAUGCAGGCGCUGUGGCGUACACUGCGAAACCGCAAUGACAAUAUCGCCCAUGUUGCCUUCCGUGUACUGGGAAAGUUUGGUGGUGGAAAUCGCAAAAUGCUGAAGGAGCCACAAAGGCUUACCUACAAAGAUGAGGAUUCAGAAGGCCCAUGCGUCAGUGUGUACUUCCCAGACCAUAAAACACCAGUGCAGUUGCCUGUCAGCAAGGUAAUAGAAACAGCUUUGAACAAGCUGAAAUCUCCAAGUACAGAGCCAUACUAUCGUCGCCAAGCCUUUGAAGUCGUACGACAUUUCAUCAUCAGUAUGAUGAAUUUAGAUGACACCAAACAGAGUCUGCAACAGUUACUGAGCCAUUCUAGCAUGACAACGGGUGAUAUUCCACAUGUAUCAAGCCACGCCUACAAGUGCCCCAACACACUGUCUAGGACUGCUUUUCAGCAUGCGCUCACAGCCAUGAUUGUUUCCUUCAUGCUGGACAUUGUCAGACAUUUCACAUUGGUAGCUGUUGUCCAACAAGCAGGUCCACUUCCUAUAUCCAACCCAAAGAAUCAGACUGCCAUGGAUCCAUUGGUCUUGAUUGAUGCUAUUGCAUCUUGUAUGGCCUAUGAGGAGAAGGAAUUGUGUAAGACAGGACAUCUAGCCAUGUCAUUUGUUGUGGAGACUGCUGCUGUGGUUAUGGGCUCCAAAUUCAGGGCAUGUGAGUUGCCUUUAUUUGAGUACAUGGCAGAACGUAUGUGUGGUUGCUGCUAUGAGAGAGCUUGGUAUGCCAAACUAGGUGGAUGUAUUGCCAUUAAGUUCAUGAUGGAACGCAUGGAUUUAUGCUGGAUACAAGGCCAUCUCUACCAGUUUCUCAAAGCCCUCUUCUUUGUUAUGAUGGAUCUCACUGGAGAGGUAUCAAGUGGAGCUCUGGACAUGGCCAAAGCCAACCUAGAGAAUCUGCUGAAAUUGUGCGCUAGUCCGCUAGAGGGAGAGAAUGCAGAAAAUGCUCAACUAAGUGUGGCCCAGCAAAAAGCAUUCCAUGAUGUCACACGAGAGUUAGUGCGAGAAGUCACGUCACCCAAUGAGACUGUUAGACACCAGGCCAUGGAUUCAUUGCGGUCUCUUGCUGACAUCACUGGCAAGAAUGUGACUGAAAUCAUGGAACCACAUAGGGAAGUACUAGCAGACAUGAUCCCACCUAAGAAACAUCUACUACAUCAUCAACCAGCGAAUGCACAGCGAGGCUUGAUGGAGAGUAACACAUUCUGUACAACGCUGGAACCCAGACUGUUCACUAUGGAUCUCAAUGUGCCAGAGCAUAAGGUCUUCUAUGUGGAGCUGGUCAAUCUGUGUGAAGUAGAGGAUUCAAUGCUUACCAAGCUUCCUUGCUACAAGAAUGUACCUUCACUAGUUCCACUUCGUAUCAGUGCCCUGAAUGCUCUGGCUGCUUGUCACUACAUUCCUCAUGUACGGGAUAAGAUCUUCAAGUUGUUGUACAUUUUCCUGACAUCCAAAGUGCCAGAGCUCCUGAAAGCAGGUGCUGAAUGUAUGAAGAAGUUCAUAGCAGGUCAUGCUGUAGAUAUGGAGUUGGUGCAUUCUACCAUACGACCAUUGUUGCUGAAGCUGGGUGACCAUCGUUCACUCAAUCUCAAUGCUAUCCAGAGACUGCAUUAUCUGACUCAGCUCUUCCCCAAUGCUUUCAACGAAAAGCUCUGUGAACAGAUGCUAACACACUUGAAGAAAUGGAUGGAGGUAUCUAUUGCUGCUCAGCGUAGUAGUACCAGUGUACAGGCAAAGGCUACAGAGAGCAUUAAGAUAUGUUCAGCUAUCAUCAACAUCUUCCAUGCAAUACCAGCUGCCUCUCCUAAACUACUAGAUGCUCUGGUUACAUUGACUAUCAAAGCAGAAAAUGCAUUGUGCAUUGAGGUUGGGAGUCCAUUUCGUGAGCCACUCAUGUUGUACCUGUUGAGGUAUCCGGUGCAGACUAUUGACUGCUUUCUGACUGAGACCAAUCUGCGUAACCCACAGUUCAGUAAUCUCCUAGCUUAUCUGUUGAAGCAAGAUGACGCCAAGCCUCUAAGGGAUGUACUGCAAACUAACACCAUUAAGCUCAUCAAUCUAGCUUUCAACAAACCUCAGCCUAGUGCUAGACCCACCAGUCCAAACAGUCAAGCAAGGUUGGAACUCCAGUACCAGACUAUAUUGAUUUGCAGCAUUCUGGUCCAACAUGACCCAACAUGGCUACCUCAGAAAUCAGUCCUGUUUGGUCACCUACGUCGCAUCUGGAUCUCCGAUGCGUUUCAAGACCAGCAUCAUACAGACAAUGUAGGCGUUGCUCAUUGGGAUGAACCCAAGUUACUGGUGGAAUGUCUUCUGAACUAUGCUGAACAUCAUCCAAACAAUGUGGAGCUUCUGUUCCAGUUACUUCGUGUCUUCACCAACCGAUAUCUGCCAAACUUUCAGUUUCUGAGGGACUAUCUUGAGGAGAAGGUUGCCCAGGGUUACAGUGUGGAGCAGAAACGUCAUGCGUUCUUCAAGUUUGUGGAACUCUUUCAUGAGAAGACCUUCCCUCAAGAGUUGAAGGCCAAGGCCUUACAGUAUGUCAUCAUUCCAAUGUUUGCUGCAUCCUUUGAUAAAGGCGAAGGAGAGAAGCUGAUAGGUGGUCCACCUAACCCAGGUCAGGACAGCCCUGAUAACCUGGUCAGUGUCUUCAUUAGCAAGGUCAUUGACCCUGAGAAUCCUUACAGAACCUCUGACUCAGUACGGAUCCUGCUGCUGCAGUUUGCUGCAUUGCUGGUAGAGAAAGCUGCACCACACAUCCAUGAUGCAGCUGACAAGAAGCAAGGCACAAAGCUGCGUCGCCUGAUGACCUUUGCUUGGCCCUGUCUGAUUCAGAAAAACUGUGUAGAUCCAACAACAAAGUACCAUGGUCAUCUCUUGCUGUCUCACAACAUUGCCAAGUUUGCUAUUCACAAGAGGAUUGUGCUACAGGUAUUUCACAGCCUAUUGAAAGCACAUGCUGUGGAAGCACGUGCUGUUGUCCGUCAGGCUUUAGACAUUCUGACUCCAGUAUUACCGCAUCGCAUGGAAGAUGGCUAUGCAAUGCUGACCCACUGGACUAAGAAGAUCAUAGUAGAGGAAGGUUACACUGUCUUCCAACUUGUACACAUGCUACAACUGCUUGUUCGUCACCAUAAAGUAUAUUACCCAGUACGGCAUCACCUCAUCCAGACAAUGGUAUAUUCCAUCCAGCGCUUGGGGAGUACACCCAACACUACCUUGGAACACAGGAAGCUGGUGGUUGACCUGGUUGAAGUCAUUAUCAAAUGGGAGGUCCAGCGAAUCAAAGAGGACGAUGCAAGCUCAGAGGGCCAAGCCAUUUCAUCAGAGGAGAGCACUACUGCUAUGCCUGUGGGAGUCAAGAGAGCUGCUUCUAGCGAUCAUAUGCCUGACCCUAAGAGGGUACGGCACUCCUCAGGCACGAGUGUUCGCAGUAUAUCAUCAGAAGCCAGCAAGCCCAUUGAUAAGAUCUACUCAGAUGCCGUGGUCAACUUUCUGCUUCGUGUAGCCUGUCAAGUCAAUGAACUUGGCACUACAAGUACAGGUUCCCCGGGUGAAUUGUUAUCCCGACGCUGUAUAGCACUGCUCAAGAUAGCACUCAGACCAGAUGUAUGGCCAAACAGUGAACUCAGACUCAACUUCAUGGACAAACUCUUCUUAUCUGUUGAUCAGCCAGCUCAGGCCAACUAUGGUAACAUUUGUGCUGGGCUAGAUAUGCUCAACUUCCUCCUUGGAGUCAUGACCAAGCAAGUGAUUCUGACCAGUUUGAAACCACUCCAACGAGGCAUUGCAGCAUGCUUGACAUGUGCUAACACCAAGGUGAUUCGGUCAGUACAUGCUCUUCUAGUCAAACUUAUGAACACCUUCCCUACUGAGUCAAGUACGUCCAAUGUGGCUUCUAAGUAUGAGGAGCUAGAGUGUUUGUAUGCAAGUGUUGGGAAAGUCAUCUAUGAAGGAUUGACUGCAUAUGAGAAAGCAGCCAGCGGUACACCAACCACAAGUCUGUUUGGAACCUUGAUGAUUCUCAAGGCAGCUUGUACUAACAACAUUGCCUACAUUGAUCGACUCAUCUCUGUCUUCAUGAGAGCAUUACAGAAGAUGACUAGAGAACAUCUAACACCAAGUAGCUCGGAGUCCACCUCAUUGGCAUCAGAACUCCUGAUCAUCAGUUUAGAUCUGGUCAAGAAUCGUAUUGGUGUAAUGAGUACUGAUAUGAGAAGGAACUUCAUCCAGGUGGUCCUAACACAACUAAUAGAGAAGUCUCCAGAUGCUAAGGUUAUGAAGACAGUGGUCAAGAUGGUAGAGGAAUGGGUCAAAGCCAAGACACCCCUUAUGAUGAACCAGUCACCAUCUCCACGAGAGAAGUCAGUCUUACUGGUCAAACUCAUGCAGUAUGUGGAGAAGAGAUUUCCUGAUGAUGCUGACCUCAAUGCUCAAUUCCUGGAACUUGUCAACUGGGUGUAUCGGGACGAGUCACUGAUGGGCAGUGAGUUGACAUCCAAACUAGAGCCAGCCUUUCUUGCUGGUCUGAGAUGUCAGCAACCACAUAUACACCAAAAAUUCUUUGAGGUAUUCAAUGGCAGUAUCAAGAGACGUCUAUUUGAUAGACUGUUGUAUAUCACUGCCUCACAGAACUGGGAGGCAAUGUCCACUCACUACUGGUUGAAACAGUGUGUGCAGUUAAUCAUGGCAGUCAGUGUAAAUGGUAUGUCAAUGACCUGUACCAACGUGCACCAACUUCCAUCCAUAACAUCAGUUAUUGGCUUGGCAGACAGCCAAGAAAAGAAGGCUUUUUCAUUGGCCAUCAACAUCAAAGAGGAACCUAUGGAUAUUGACAUGGAGUCUCAUAAAGAAGAGGAUAUUGAAAUAGACAUAGAGUUGACCCAUCCAGAGGGAGUAAGUUCAUCAGGAGGAACAGCCUCAGCUACCAACAAGAAAAGCAGUGACUUGAAACAGCAGCUGCAGUUGCUAAUAAAUAAAGAUAUCAAGUUCAUUGAGUCACUGCGAGAAGCUAAGGCCUUCAACUUCUUGACAGCACUUUCUCAGCUAUGUCACUGUGACACAGAAAUGACCCAUCAGCUUUGGGUGGAUCUCUUCCGGCGACUUUGGAAGAUACUCAAUGAAAAACAGCAGACGCUGUUGGCCCAGGAGUUAAGUCCAUUUCUUUGCAGCGGCAGCCACUUGUACCAGAAGGAUGGUACUCCAAGUGUGAUCAACACUUUUGUGGAAGCAAUAUCAUUGUGUGUACCACCGGUCAUGCUACGGCCAUGCAUACUCAAGUAUCUAGGCCGUAACCAUAACCUGUGGCAUCGAUCUGCUCUCAUGUUAGAGCAGAGUGCUAUUGAGAGUGGAUUUAGCUCCCAGCAUCGACCACCACGCACUCUCAAUGUGUAUGACUUCUAUGAGCCAGACAAUGCCUCCACAACACAGCAGGAAACACUGGACUCAUUAUCUGAGAUCUAUGAGAGAUUGCAAGAGGAAGACAUGUGGGCAGGACUGUGGCAGAAACGUUGCAAGUUUCCUGAAACUGCUACUGCAAUUGCUUAUGAGCAGCAAGGUUUCUAUGAACAGGCUCAAUCAGCUUAUGAAGGGGUAAUGGCCAAGGCACGGGCAGAGCAUAAUGCAGGACCUGCAGCACCGGCUGUCUUUUCUGAGUACCAGUUGUGGGAACAGCACUGGGUGCGUUGUGCACGGGAACUCCACCAAUGGGAUCUACUGAUGGAUUAUGGGAAUGCUAAGGGCCAAACUAAUCCCCAUCUAGUCCUAGAGAGUGCCUGGAGGGUGCCCAAUUGGAGUGCAAUGAAGGAGGCAUUAGCUCAGGUAGAGCAGAGUUGUCCUCGUGAGAUGAAUUGGAAGGUGAACUUGUAUCGAGGCUUCAUAGCAAUCUGCCAUCCAGAUGAGAAAAACCUCUCCAUGAUUGAGCGCCUGGUUGAGAGUUCCAGCAGUCAAGCUAUUAAGGAGUGGCGUCGCCUACCACAUUACGUGACUCGGGCUCACUCACCGUUGCUACAGGCUGCUCAGCGUAUCAUAGAACUUCAUGAAGCAUCUCAGAUACACCAGGGACUACAGCCAGCUAACCUUGGACGCAACCAGAGUCUGCAUGAUAUGAAAGCCAUUGUGAAGACAUGGAGGAACCGUCUUCCUAUGGUGUCUGAUGACCUGACUCACUGGAGUGAUAUCUUUAUGUGGAGACAGCAUCAUUACCAAGCUAUUGUGAGCGCCUAUGACAACUUGAAUGCACAGGAUAUGCAGCAGCAGCAUGCUAUGCUGGGAGUACAUGCCUCUGCUCAAUCUAUCAUCAACUAUGGCAAAGUGGCUCGAAAGCAUAAUUUGAUUGGACCGGCUCUUGACUCUCUCAGCAGGAUCCACACCAUACCCAGUGUGCCAAUCGUAGACUGUUUCCAGAAGAUCCGUCAGCAGGUCAAAUGUUACCUCCAGAUGGCAAGCACUAUGGGUAAACAGGAACUGCAGGAGGGCUUGGAGGUUAUUGAGUCCACUAACCUGAAGUUCUUCACCAGAGAGAUGACUGCUGAAUUUUAUGCUCUCAAGGGAAUGUUCCUGGCUCAAGUGGGCAGUCGUUCGGAUGAAGCUAACAAGGCGUUCUCUGCAGCGGUUCAGAUGCAUGACACUCUAGUCAAGGCGUGGGCAUUAUGGGGUGACUAUCUUGAGCAAAUCUACUGCAAAGACAGACAAACCCAGGUGGGUGUUUCUGCUAUUGUCUGCUUCUUGCACGCGUGUCGCCACCAGAAUGAGACCAAAUCUCGCAAGUAUCUUGCCAAAGUCUUGUGGCUUUUGACCUAUGAUGAUGACAAGAACUCCCACCAAUUGGCUGAAACUGUCGACAAAUACUCUGUUGGAGUGCCUCCCAUCCAGUGGUUACCAUGGAUACCCCAGUUAUUGACAUGUCUUCUUGGUGCUGAGGGAGAUCUUAUCAUCAAUAUACUCAUGAGUGUCGGUAGAGUCUAUCCUCAAGCAUUGUACUUCCCAAUCAGAACUCUCUACCUAACAUUGAAGAUAGAACACAGAGAGAGAUUUAAAAGUGGGGAAUACUUGGGAAGCCUACGCAGGAGUUCCUCUGUAAGUAAAGCAGGAGACAGCAGUGUGCAAACACCUGCUACAUCUACCACAGCCCAGACUGCUUCAACUACAUCCACAUCUAGUGUCACUACCACAAGUGCAUCAGAUGCCAGUGGAUCCAGUUCAAGCACAAUUACGCAAUCUUCCUCCUCUCAGCUAGGGGCAAGCUCCGCCUCUAAUCCUGGUCCAAUUAGGGCAUCUGUGCCAAUGGUUAGGUGCAGUCGUAUCAUGCAGGUUCAGAGAGAUUUACAUCCUAUUCUGCUAUCUUCACUGGAAGGCAUUGUAGAUCAGAUGGUAUGGUUUAGAGAGACUUGGAAUGAAGAGGUUUUGAGACAGCUACGACUAGCACUGGCCAAAUGUCAAGCAGUUGCCUUUGAGAAUAGAGGAGCAGUCGCAGAGGCAAAGGUUACUCCACACACUCUCAGCUUCAUCAAAAAACUAGUCACCACCUUUGGUGUUGGUAUAGAGAAUGUUAGCAGUGUGGCAACCACUUUUUCUAGUGCUGCAUCUGAGUCACUGGCCAAGCGUGUCCAAGCUACCACCCAGGAUCCAGAUUUCCAGAAACUUAAGCCACAGUUCACAACUGACUUUGAUUUCUCCCUGCCUGGUGCUAUGAAGCUGCAUAAUCUGAUCUCCAAGCUGAAAAAAUGGAUCAAGGUGAUGGAAACAAGAGCCAAGCUGCUACCAAAAUUCUUCUUGAUUGAAGAAUACUGCCGCUUUCUGAGCAACUUUUCCUCCAGCACAGCAGACGUUGAGUUGCCUGGUGAAUACUUGACACCACGACACAGUCAUUACAGCGUCAAGAUUGCCCGCUUUAUGCCCAGGGUAGAAAUAGUCCAUAAACACAACACAGCAGCUAGAAGGCUGUACAUCAGGGGAAGCAAUGGAAAGAUCUACCCUUACCUGGUUGUCAAUGAUGCAUCAAUGGGAGAAUCUCGUAGAGAAGAACGUGUAUUGCAGCUUCUUAGAAUGCUCAAUAUCUUCCUGGCCAAAAGAAAGGAGACAGCCAAGAGACAGCUUCAGUUUACAGUCCCCAAAGUGGUUGCUGUGUCUCCACAGAUGAGGCUGAUUGAAGACACUCCAUCAUCAUUAUUUCUUUUGGACAUUUACAAACAGCGAUGUGCCAAGCAUCAGGUGGAAUAUGAUGCACCCAUCAAUCGUUACUAUGAGCGCUUAGCAACUGUCCAAUCACGUGGCUCUCAGGCCAGUCAUCAGGUGCUCCGGGAUGUCCUGAAGGAGGUACAGACUAAUACAGUCCCUAAAGGCAUGUUGAAGGAAUGGGUGGUACAGACAUUCCCAGAUGCCACCGACUACUUUGCAUUUCGCAAGAUGUUCACAUCCCAACUAGCCUUGUUGGGUUUGGUUGAGUUUGUCAUGCACCUGACCCGUAUGAAUCCAGAGAUCAUUCAAGUGGAACGGAACUCUGGUCUCCUGUCAAUCUUCUACUUUAGAUUUGACAUUGACGAUGCCACAGGUGAGCUGGACGCCAAUCGGCCAGUUCCAUUCCGUCUGACACCCAACAUAGCUGAAUUCCUAACUACUGUAGGAGUCAAUGGUGUCCUUACAGCAUGCAUGAUAGCAGCAGCAAGGUGCUUUGUCCAACCUGCCUUCCAGACUCCAUCACUACUGAGGGCCAUUCUCAGAGAUGAGGUGAUAGCUUGGGACAAAAAGCAAAAGCAAGAUACCACAAGUGGGCCUGGUUCACAACCAUCCAAUAUGGACAGCGAACUUCUCAUCUCAACAGUCAAUAAAGCAGCUAGUGCCAUCAUGACUAGAUUGCAAAACCUUGCCCAGUUUGAAGGUGGUGAGAGCAAAGUCAGUACAUUAGUUGCAGCAGCUAAUAGUCCUGAUAAUCUGUGUCGCAUGGAUCCUGCGUGGCACCCAUGGCUCUAAUAAUCAUCCAGGCAAGGUUGUAGAACCAGGAACUUUUGUCCAACUUAAGCUUCAGUGUUGGUUUCAUGACAUUGGUCCUCAUAGACAAGACGCUCUAACUCCUACUACCAACCAGCAUAUGAAAUCACUAGAUGGAAAUAUUAAGUGUGCAGUGUUCUCAUUUGGGAUUCCAACCCAAAAUGUUGGAAGCCAGUAUGAAGUAAGGAUAUCUAUACAUGCUUGACAAGAAGGGAAUCACGGACAUUCCUAGAGUUACCAAAGGAGACAGGUUUUCAUUAAACAUGUUAUGAUUUGACGCAUGCACAGACAUGUAAGCAUUGUUUAUACAUGCUGUCCAGAAGAAGUUGAAGUCAUUUCCUGUCUUAUAGUUUGGUUUUGUUUGGGUUUUUUUGCCUGUUGAUUUUUACAAUGCCUUCUAGCAUUGGAUGUUUAGGAUUUUUUGUCUGAGAUAUCUGUAAGUUAAAGACAUGCAUAUGACUUUAGUGUGUGUAAUACAUGAUAAAGUAGAGUACUCAUUGAUGCAGACUGGAUCAAUUUCCCAUCAGUAAAGACACAAUACUUGCAAUGAGCCUGUUUGUUAUUCCAAUAGUGCAUACUGGAAAUGAAGCAUGUCCAAGCUCAUUCUUAGGUCAUUUUUAGACAGUAGAAAUUGUCCAAGCUUUUCUAGACAAGUGAAGGCAUUGCGUUUGUGAUAUAAAUCAUGGAAAACACUUUCCAAUGUAUGUUUUGAUGUCCACAAUUUUCAAAAUUUGAAACAAUAAAUUAACAAACCAAUAGAAAUUUACAUCAGCAAAAAUUAAAUAUUCCUGCAGUUUUUAUGCACAAAUCAGUCCAACAUUGAGGUUCAUUGCCUGGGAUGCACCCCAUUUUUGUUCACAAAUAUGGAAAUUCUCAUCUGCGUGAAAACAAAAAAAGAUUCCAAACACGGGUAAAAAUGGCAAAACAAAAAUUGAAAAUAAGUUUGUUGAAUCACAAAGGUACAGUUGCAGAGGUUGUUGUAAAACAAUUGCAUUGCGUGGACACUUAAGUUAAAGAUAUUUGCUACUUGUUGUACAUGUAGUUACUACUGUCUUCUGCCUUGGAGAAAAUAGCUCAUUUGGUGACAUUGAUAUACAGAGGCAAAGACAAGUCCCAGUCAUUAUAAGAUGCUGUCAUCAAAUCAUGCUGUCAGGAGUCAUGCAUAUUCAGACUUCUAAGUUGGUAAACAGUGUAGUUAUUUCCCAAUGAUACAUUAUUGUAUGUACAUGUAUGUUAGUCUUUUUGUUUGCCCUAUGAAAGUUAAGUGUAAUUCUCAGUGGAAUUUCGCUGAAUACAUAUACAUCAGUAUGCUAGCUGCAGGAUCUCUGUAUGUGGGAGGCUUGUCCAAGGACAAUUUGUAGAACAACCAGUUGGUUUUAUGAGCGGUUCUAAUUCCAUUAGAGAUCAUGGUGGUCCAUUUAUGUGUGCAGUGAAUUGCUUCAUGGGAGCAUUGCAUACACAAUGUUAAACACAGCAGUGGGACAAUCUGUAUUUAAGUUCAGUCUUUUUUAUCCAGUUUUACAGUUGAGAACAAAAGAGAGACAGCCAUUGGUUUUUGUUGUAUUUCAGUUGCUUGAUUGAGGUAAUGUUUGUUUUGAAUUUCAAGUUUUAUGGCAUUGGAACUGUAAGAUAGCACCUUGUCAGCUUCCCGUAUGUAAAUAUGUUGGGCCUAAAACUGUAGGAAGGGAAGUGACCGCUUAUUAUUAUAUGUAAUUUCUGACUGUUUUCUGUUCACAAUGAAAUUGUAGGGUUUUAAUGUUUAUAAACUGCAGUGGAUCUAGCUGUUGGUCAGCAGAACAGAUAUAAUAUAGUUCCACUUGUCUAUUCACUGACAGUUCCAUGGAAGUAAUUUUGGUACUGAUUUUCUAGAAUUUAAUUCAAUGUGAGCAUUGUAAGGAUUAAAAGGGGGAUUAUUUUGACUUGCUACGAGGUAUUGGUGACUUGAAGAGGCACAAUUUGCCUCUGCAAGUAUCGAAAAUUUCACUGACUGGAAAUCUAUUUAGUUUGUACAAAGUUACCAAAAAACUGGCUCACUCAUUUUUGUUUUCUGGAUUAUCCCUUUUUUAUUGUACUGUGGGUGAUUUGGGGCAGAAGAGAGAAAUGAACAUGGGGCAUAGCAGUAUUCUUUUUUGUGUGUCACAAACAUUUUCAAAAUACCAACCCUCAUAUGUGUUUAGUUUGUACCAUGGAAUCUUGGUUGAAGAUGCUUGUUAAAUUAUAAUGCAACACUAACAAAGCUGAUUAAGAAUAGGCAAGCAGAAACAAAUUGCUUCUUAUAGACCUGUUUGUAGAAAUAGUGUAGCUUAGGUUGACUAAAUUACUCAAGCUGUAUUUUCAAGUGGAUUUUUGUAAUGCUCCUAGAAAUAAAUGCAGUUAUUCCCUUAAUUUACUUUUAGUCAAAUUUGUUUUUAUUGUUGUAGACCUACCUUGAAAGUUCAUAAUAUGCUCAGUCCAGUUGACCUUUUUUGUGCUCAUAUUAACAGCAUCCAAUAUAAAAUUUAUUGGGAAUCCAAAAUUGA